CUUUUGCACGACCUCGUCGACGGACUACGAUGGUCUCGAGAAGAACAGUGGUCGUCGCGGGCCUGCCGGUGCAUGUCUUCUCCGGGACCAGCCUGAGCGAAAUCACAGGCAAGGUCGCAAUCCUUUUCUUUAUCCACGGCCGCGAGGAGACUGCGCGCGAAUACGAUGGCCGUGCAGAGAGUAUCGUGAAGCAGGUAGCAAGCAAAGGGAAGUCGAGCACCGACCUGCUGGUGGUCACCUUCGACCAAAGAAACCACGGUGAACGCCUCGUAAACAGAGCAGCCAACAACCGUUGGGGGGAGGGAAACGACAGACAUGCCAUUGACAUGUACGCCAUGUACGUGGGGACGGUCCGGGACAUCUCCUACCUGAUCGACUUCCUGCCCUCGUACCUCUUCCCCGGCGGCGAGGCCGACAUCGCGGAGUGGGCUGUCGGCGGCAUGAGCCUCGGCGGGCACGCGACGUGGUUCGCGCUCCGCCACGAGCCGCGCCUCGGCGUUGGCGUGCCCAUCAACGGCUGCCCCGACUACCUGCACCUCAUGUCUCGGCGCGCGGCCGCGUCGGGCGUCGCGUUUGAGCCGCCGUACGUUCCCGCAAGCUUCCUCGCGUACGUGCGCGCGAACGACCCGGCGGCGCCGCAUACGACGCCCGACGCGUCGAACCCGUUCGCGGGGAAGAAGAUACUCGUGCUUGCAGGCGCCGAGGACACGCUCGUGCCCUGGGAGAGUAGCGAGGCGUUUGUGAAGAAACUCGAAGUCGGGCCCGACGGCGUGAAGAAGGUGAUCCUCUACCCCGGCGUCGGGCACAAGUGCACGGAAGAGAUGGUGAAAGAGACGUCAGACUUUGUCUGGGAGCAGAUCUUAAGCCGAGGAUGACACCAACGCUGUUCGCCCGUAGCAGAGAAUACCUGUAUUUGGGAAGAUAGGGGGCAGCACCCGGAGUCAAGCACGCUACGCAAGUAUAGGCGCAUCUAAGAUAUUAACCCAGUCCUACAGUGACGUGCUUGUACACAGAAUAUAUAGACGAUAGAGUAUCUGAGAAGUAAUCUACGAGCUUUUCAGCCUCUGCCGCCACCCGGAGUCUAGUCUAUCGAGCAGGCCCUGCACCUCUUUCACAGCGAGCUUCCUCUCUUUGCGCGCCUCUUCCCACUCGCCUUCGGCAAUGAUGGCGUCUAGGCGUAAAAUACUCUGGAGGAGCAUCUCACCAAGGCGUACGUGUUCCAAGGCGAGGUCAGGCUGCUUGCUGGGUGUUGCAACCAUGCUUUUCGCCGGCCUGCCCGCUGGCUGCGGCGCUGCAGCCGCCGCAGUCGAUGUGCCCUGCAGGUUAGACAGGAACUGAUCAACGUCCGGCUGCAGCGUCUUGCGGACCUUGUCAAGCUCGGACUGGAUUUGUUUGACGGUGUUUUCCUCCGUGCGUCGCUCUGGAGCCGCCUUUGCAGACAAUACGGGGUUGUCGCCUCCGCCAAUGACAGCAAUUUUUGAGUUCUCCUUGAUCCCGUAGGCAGAAAUCGGUGCGUUAUCGUCCUUCAUCACCGCUCCUGCAUGCACGAGCUUGAACGAAUUCGGCGGCAGUUGGGUGUAGUCGGCGAUUUGCUUGCGGACAGCAGAUAGUGGGGAAUUUGAUGCAGGUAAGGGAAAGGUCAGCCUCUCCCUGCCCCAUUGCACGAUGUAGCUCAUUUUGAGCCUGUUACGUCCCGAGAGAAGACGUUUCGCGGAUGUGAGAGCAAUUCCGAGCAGAAUUACAGCUAUGGGGAUGACAAUGUGUAGAGGAGUGACGUCGGGUGACAGUGGCAUGCGCAGCGCGUAGACGAGAUCCGUCCACGCUGCAGGAGCUGAAAAGAUCGUAGCGGUAAUGGCGGAAGAAAUGAAGGUGGAGGUACGACC